AUGUGUCUACCAUGGAAUACCGACAAAACAGAUAAUGGAGAACAGGAUGUACAAGUAGGAAUAUGCCAGAUAGCGGUCCUUAUAUUUCGUAUGUUUCGCAAUAUGGAGAGGAAAUGGGUCAAAUAUGGUCACGUACUUUUACAUACCUUGACGUUAGUGUUUUCAAUAGUCGCUCUAGUAGCGGUGAUUUCCUUCAAGAAUGACCGAAAGAAGCCUCUUGCCAAUUUUUUUACAACUCAUAGUUGGAUAGGCCUGUUGGUCUUGGCUUGCUAUCUUGUGCAGUAUGUCUUUGGCGUUAUUUAUUUCCUGCUGCCGGAAUCAAUGGUAUCCCAAGCUAAACGCAAACAAUUCUUACCUUUCCAUCGCUUCUUUGGCGCCGCGGCUUAUUUAACUUCAUUGGUUUCCGUUUCAACUGGUGCUUUUGACCAUUUAGUGCUAUUUUAUCAAAACUAUUCUGACAUUGGAUUAGCACCGAGAAUGGGAAAUACCAUGGCUAUCCUGGUUAUCAUUGUAGGCUUUUUGGCAGGAUAUUUACUUGUUAAUCGUUCAUUCAAAUCAUCACCACCGAAACCACCCACGUAUAAUCCUGGAGUUUUCUAA